AUGCCACUCCAACACCGCAUCCUCGCCUUAGUCUACCAUGACUUCGAAGCCCUGGACCUAUUCGGACCAUUAGGUACCAUAGUUCCCCGUAGCGACUACUACACCCUAGAGCUGGUCAAUGUCCACACCAUGGCAGCCCCACAGGGCCUCGAAUGUUCCAUCAAAAACAGCAUCGGAAUAAUGCCCAACAUGUCCAUCGCGGAUGCCCUCAAAGACACCGAACCCUUUGACACUCUUUUCAUUCCAGGUGGCCUGAGCAUGAUCCAUCUACUGUCCGAUCCAAUGCUGCUCAAAAAGAUCGGUCAGCUGGUUGAUCGUGCUCGACUUGUCUUUACCGUUUGUACGGGGUCGUUGAUCCUAGCUGCGACGGGACGGUUGAACGGACGCGAGGCAACAUGUAACAAGCGGAUAUUUGAUGAAAUGACUCCAAAGUACCCCGAUGUCAAGUGGAAAAGACAAGGUCGUUGGGUGGACGAUGGCAAGUUUCUAACGUCGUCAGGUAUUACGGCUGGAAUCGAUGCGGGUUUUGCUUUCCUUGCAAAGACAUAUGUGGCUCCCGAAAGUCGAUCUCGUGAAGUCCAACCACCCAGUGAGAAUGGGGAUGAGGUCGUCUUGCCCAACUUUGACAAGGAGAAGGCUCAGGAACAUGCUCGAUCCGUUGCGUGGGAGUUGGAGUAUAGAUGGAACGAUGAUUCCACUGACGAUCCUUUUGUUUGA